AUGCAGUCUCAGUCUUCCCUCGCGGCCGCGCAGUACCAACAUACCCAGUCUCUAUCGUCUCCGCUCUCCGCUUCCCGCAACCGCUCGUCUCCUCUUUCCACGCUGCAGAACAUCCCCCGCGACACCUCUGCCAGUCCGUUCUCUAUCCCAGAUACUACUCGCUCGCCUAGCUCUAUCAGUACCUCUACGCCGCAGUCGCCCUUGACGCCGUCUAAUUCGUCUCCACGCAGCUUCCCGGUAGCUCUCCUGGACGUGUUCCUCAUCCCCCAUCCUACUGUCUCCAAUUCGUUCCAUUUCUCUCCGCCUCUGAACUCGUCUACUGAGAGCCAGGGUUGUCCUGGUGUCCUCGGGACGCCUAUCACCAUCCUUGGUCCCGCGAAUGCUUUACCUCCGAACUCGCCGUUCAGGAAUCCCAUUUCCACUGACGGCAUUGCUCCAAAGGAUCCCGCCCAUUCUCCUCCCUCCGCCAUCUCGCGGGCAGGGCAGCCUCUCUUCAACCCUGUGUCCGCUUCUCCUUCGAGCAUCACUACGCUGAAUACAUUUCGGACGUCCCCGUCGCUCGCGGUGGACCAAGCGCAGCUGCAGAGCCCUCCGCCACUCUUCAUGGGACGCAACCUCAGGUUUCCACCCAUGCCGAGUGCUCCGCGCUGCACGGAGUACUGCCAGCCUCUCCAAACACACGCUCCGGGGACAACGGACUUCCGUACCCCGAACGUGUACAUCAACGGGUUGCCCCCGAACUUCCCGGAGGAGGAGCUGUUCAAGAUGACCGCGAGUUCGGGACCGUGUGGGUACGGUUUCGUGUUGUUCGAGACAAUUGACGCGGCGGGGAAGUGUAUCGAGGCCUUGCGCAAGUACAGGAACCUCCACCCUUCUUUCUCCAAGCAAAUCCACAAGAUUCCCGGCACGGUCUACUCCACGCCGACUUUCCAAGCAGCAGCAGGGGUGCAAGACAUUCCGGCCGAUUCAUUCAAGGCCCGGAUGGAGCAGUUGAAGGACAAUGCGUCGACGAACCUAUACAUGGAAGGUCUCCCGCUGUCCAUUGACGAGAUGACGCUCGCCGCGCUGGUGAAACCGCACAAAAUUUGCAGUAGUCGAUUCUUCCAGACGAGGUUGAGUAACCCGCCGAGGAUGAUUGCGUUCGUAAGAUUUGAGUCUCGCACUGCGGCGGAGGAGAUCAUCGAACGUUUGCACGGACGUAUAAUCCGUGGAAUGGAGAAGUCAGGUGCCAGGAUCUCGGUGAGGUUCGCUGACACCGCUGAGCAGCGGGAGUUACGGCGCAUGGAACGCACCGUCCAUGACGAUGAACAUCCCCUGGCGCAUAUCAUGGCGCAGGCUGCGUUGCUCAACCUCAAAGGAGGCCAAGUCCACCCGCCGCUUCCUCAGCUAUCGCCGCUCAUUUCGCCCGACAUCGGACGGCUGCCGCAUGGCGCAAACAUUUCUCCGCUGCUUGUUGGUGGGCACCUACCCCCGCAUAUUCCUCACGCCGGCAUCCCGCUUGCACCCCUGCCGGUGGCGCCGUUUCGCUGCCCUUCCAGCAGCAGCAAGCGUUCCUUCAGCAGCGUAUGCGAGACUGUCACUCGGUGGACAUGGAUACAAGAAGAGCUGCUCUCUCUCCAGGACGCGCAGGCACAGCUCCAGCUCAAGCGUGGCUUGGGUGUCGGGGGCGCACGCCCAGCGCCAGCAACAGCAGCAGCAAUUCCUCGAGCGCAAGCGCAGCAGGGGCUAGCGGGCCGUGGACAGAGCAAGAGGAGGCUGCUCGACGUGCUCCAGCCGUGUGCUAUCGAGAACGAUUUCCACGCGUCUGCCCUCGGGAUGGGGACGGGACAGCGCCAGAGGAACCAGACGCACGCGUCGAAUGCGCGAGCUGCGGAUGUACCGAGCUCGGGGCUGGGCCAGGCGCUGCAUAUGCGGUCGACGACGAUGCCCUCACAGUACCUGAGCGCGCGCGCGUUGGACGGGAGUGGUGGGCUCAUGUCGGGCGGUGGUCGCCAGAUCCCUGCGAUCGGUUCGACGGCGGGUAGCAAUAUGCUCUCGGCCGCGAGCAAGAAUGCAGGCAACGGCGCAUUUGCGAGGAAGCCUUCUGUGCAUAACAUACAGAGCCUGAGCGCGUCGACGCUCCCGCGUAACGUCAGCUCCACGACGAUUCAGGGUCACGACACGUUCGGGCACGCUCACGGACACGGACACGAGGCGGACGAGGACGGCGGGCUGAUGGUGUCGCCGGGGCUGACGUUCUCGCCGCGGACGCCAGCGACGCUGAGUCCUGCGACGCCAUUCGGCGGGUUCUUCCAUGCGGGCGAGUCGUUCGCGACGGACGGGAUGGGAAUGGGCAUUGGUGUCGGAGAGAAGGGAGUGCAUAUGGGGGAUCACCAUGAGCAUGCGAAGGAGGCGGGGAGGAAGGCGGUGGGGUUCAAGGGCGUGCAUGUGUAG